CUAUUCGCUAGUACUUGAAAUUGGGAUAUUCCUGGAAACAUUCCUUUACCUGUUAGGUUUUGAAAAGAAAAAAUAAUCCCACGAAAGAGGGCAUAUAUUUAGCAAACAUGCCAUACCUAUGUGUAAAGACACCAAAACAGAGAGCACCAGAAAAACACAACAUACAUACAGUAAUGAGCCAAGCGUUAAACAGAGAGUACCUAAUAAGCGAAGAAAUAGGCCGUGGACGAUUCGGCACCGUCUUCAAAUGCACAUCACGUUCCACCGGUCACACCUUCGCCGUUAAAUCCAUCGAUAAAAGUCUCACCUCCGGCGACACGCUCGACGCACAAUGCCUUCUUUCAGAACCAAAGAUUCUGCGCCAUCUCUCCCCGCAUCCUCACAUAAUCCAACUUCACAAUCUCUACGAAGACGACACGCAUCUCCACAUGGUGAUAGACUUAUGCUCGAACCAAGACCUCCAUAGCUUAAUAAUCUCCAGCGGCGGCGUUCUGACCGAGAGCGUCGCCAGAGUUUUUUUUAUUCAGAUAAUGAGAGCGGUUUCACACUGUCAUAAAUACGGCGUCGUCCACCGAGAUUUGAAGCCGGAUAAUAUACUGUUGGACUCGAGGAAUUUGAUAAAGUUGGCCGAUUUUGGAUCGGCUGAGGUGAUUACGGAAGAAGGAGGAAUGCUAAACGGUGUUGUAGGAACGCCGUAUUAUGUAGCGCCUGAGAUUUUGAGUGGUAGAGAGUAUGCAGAGAAGGUUGAUGUUUGGAGCGCUGGUGUAAUUUUGUAUGUAAUGUUAGCUGGAUUUCCUCCGUUUUAUGGUGAGACUGCUGUGGAGAUCUUUGAUGCUGUUUUGAGAGCCAAUCUUAGGUUUCCUGUCAGGUCAUUUCACGGAGUCUCGCCGGCCGUUAAGGAUUUGUUGAGGAGGAUACUUUGUAAAGAUGUUUUCAAGAGAUUCUCUGCUGAUCAAGUUUUAAGGCAUCCAUGGAUAACAAGUGUAGGAGGAUGAGUGAAUAUGUAACAUGAAGAGAAUGGAUCAAGGAUCAUGAGCUGUUAGGUAGCUAAGAGUACAUAAGCCUUUUUGUAUAGGUGUAUUAGGGUAUAUAGUAUAAUACUGCUGCUGCUGCUUUAGGGGAUGAGACGGAACAGAGUCUCUAUCCUAAUAGUUUUAAGAGGAUGUGCUUUUGUUUCUGGGAAGAAGCAAGUUUUGUUUGUAUGUACAAAUUAAGAGGACUUUCUGUUAACGAGUUUCCUUUUCUUUAUUCUAAACCUUUUAAUUAAAAUUAUUAUA